GCUCAAGGACUUUGCUAUAUGCAUCAUGAUUGUACUCCUGCGAUCAUACAUAGAGAUGUGAAAUCAAGCAACAUCUUGCUUGAUUAUGAAUUCAACGCCAAGAUUGCUGAUUUCGGGUUGGCUAAAUUGUUGGUUAAGCAAAAUCAACAACCUCAUACCAUGUCAGCUGUUGCUGGAUCCUUCGGUUACAUUGCUCCAGCUUUGCUAAGAAGAUGGAAGAGAUCAAACUCACUUUCCCAGCCGACUCUCCACCGCUUUCGGUCAUCGUUGCUCUCUCCCUCUCAUCCUCUCCGGUAACCAUCGACUCCUCCUCCUCCUCCUCCUCCGCCGUCCCUUCAUUCGUCUUCUCCGACGGGCGAAAGCUGACUGGGACAUCAGUUCUUCUCCGAUACGUCGGUCGAUCAGCUAAGUCUCUUCCUGGUUUCUACGGCCACGAUGCUUUCGAAUAUUCCCAGAUUGAUGAGUGGAUAGACUACGCACCUGUCUUCUCCUCCUCUGGCUCAGAGUUUAAGAAUGCUUGUACAAGUGUCGAUAACUACCUUCAAAGUGGCACCUUCCUUGUUGGUCAUUCUCUUUCCAUCGCCGAUGUUGCUGUUUGGUCAGCUCUUGCUGGAUCCGGUCCGAGGUGGGAGAGUUUGAGGAAAUCGAAAAAGUAUCAGAACUUGGUUAGAUGGUUCAACUCGAUAUUGCUUGAGUACGCCGAGCCACUCAACAAGGUGGCUGCGUAUACUGCGGCGAAGAAGGGCUCAGGGAAGCCUGCAUCUGUUGCACCAAGAUCCAAAGACCAACAAGCAUCAGACAAAGGGAAGCCUGAAGUGGACUUGCCCGGUGCUGAAGUUGGAAAAGUCAAGCUCCGGUUCGCUCCAGAGCCAAGCGGUUACCUCCACAUCGGACACGCCAAAGCCGCCUUGCUGAACAAGUACUUCGCCGAGCGUUACCAAGGGGAAGUGAUCAUCCGUUUCGACGACACCAACCCCGCCAAAGAGAGCAACGAGUUUGUUGAGAAUCUAGUCAAAGACAUCGGUACCUUGGGUAUCAAGUAUGAGCGUGUGACCUACACUUCCGAUUACUUCCCCGACCUGAUGAGCAUGGCGGAGAAGCUGAUGCGCGAGGGAAAGGCUUACGUGGACGACACGCCGAGGGAGCAGAUGCACAAGGAGAGGAAGGGUGGGAUUGAUUCGAAAUGCAGGAACCAUACCGUCGAGGAGAAUCUGAAUCUGUGGCGAGAGAUGAUCGCUGGAAGCAAGAGAGGGUUACAGUGCUGUGUCCGAGGGAAGCUAGACAUGCAAGAUCCUAACAAAGCUAUGCGUGACCCGGUUUAUUACCGUUGCAACCCUAUGUCUCAUCACCGUAUAGGGGAUAAGUACAAGAUCUAUCCAACGUAUGACUUCGCUUGCCCGUUUGUGGACUCCAUUCAAGGCAUUACGCAUGCUCUUCGGUCUAGUGAGUAUCACGACAGGAAUGCUCAGUACUACAAAGUUCUGGAGGACAUGGGAUUGCGGAGAGUUGAGAUUUAUGAGUUUAGUAGGUUGAAUCUAGUGUACACUCUUCUCAGCAAGAGGAAGCUUCUCUGGUUUGUUCAGCAAGGGAAGGUUGGUGGGUGGGAUGAUCCACGCUUCCCUACGGUGCAAGGCAUUGUCCGUAGAGGUUUGAAAAUCGAGGCACUGAUUCAGUUCAUUCUUGAGCAAGGUGCUUCCAAGAAUCUAAACUUGAUGGAAUGGGACAAGCUGUGGACUAUCAACAAGAAGAUAGUUGAUCCUGUGUGUCCUAGACAUACGGCUGUGGUUGAAGAGUGGCGUGUACUGUUGACAUUAACCGAUGGUCCUGACGAGCCGUUUGUCCGCUUGAUACCAAAGCACAAGAAGUAUGAAGGUGCUGGAGAGAAGGAGACCACUUUCACCAAGAGGAUAUGGAUCGAGGGAGCUGAUGCGAGUGCCAUCUCUGUUAACGAGGAAGUGACUCUGAUGGAUUGGGGAAACGCCAUUGUGAAGGAAGUUACAAAGGACGAGGAGGGUCGUGUCACUGCGUUAUCAGGCCUUCUGAAUCUCAAAGGGUCUGUGAAGACUACAAAGCUGAAGCUCACGUGGCUUCCGGAGACUAAUGAGUUGGUUAAGCUCACGUUAACAGACUUUGGUUACUUAAUCACCAAGAAGAAGCUGGAGGAAAAUGAUGAGUUGGUUUUUGCUAAGUUUGUGAAUAUGGACACGAAGAAGGAAACAUCAGCACUUGGUGAUUCGAAUAUGAGGAAGCUGGAGGAUUUUCCUGAGUUUGUGAAUCCUGACACGAAGAAGGAAACAUCAGCACUUGGUGAUUCGAAUAUGAGGAACCUGCAGCGUGGUGAUGUGAUUCAGCUGGAGAGGAAAGGCUACUACAGAUGUGAUGUGCCUUUUGUCAAGUCUUCAAAACCCAUUGUCUUGUUCUCAAUCCCAGAUGGAAGGCAACACCAGCCAUUGUCUGCUAAUUGAAGAGAGAACUCUUAUUGUUCUUUUCUUCCUAUUUUAUGAAAGCUGUAUUAAUAAAUUACUAAAAAGAAUCUCUGUUAAGACAAGAAUCUAUUUUGCUUUUUUUGUUUAAAAGUUGCAAACUUAAUCUUAUCUUCUUUGAUUAGUGUAUUAUAAGGGAACAACAAAACAAGAAGAAAAAGAUUGUGUUGUUAGUUUGCUGUUCUUGUCUCAUUUCUUGGGUUGGUAUCUGGACUUGAUAUUCUUAACCUGUUUGGGUUUGAACUGGAAAGACUUAACAAGAAUGUCUUCAGGAAGAGCACUAAAGAGGGAAGACUGUGUUCAUCUGCUCCCUCGGCCACAUUUGAGAUUGUAUCAGUCUUCAAGAACCUUUAGGUAACUGAAAAGUAGAAUGUAUGAUUAUUAACCAAAAAAACUUCUGUUUGUUCAAUGGAAUAAGAAGUUGAUUACGUCUUUAAGAAUGGAUACAAUCUCAUAAAUAUUACAAGACACAGUGCAAGAGUAUAUGUUAUAACAACAAAUGAAUAUCUCAAAUGAAUUUGAGGGAAAAUUACACUCCAAGAAUAAUUUCCUGAUCUUUUUGACAGAACUAGAAUAUAAACAGGAAAAGAAUUUACGGUUCCGGCUGUUAAGAUUUGACUCGAGUCACGCAGGGAAAGACAUUAUCAACAGCAAGGAGAUGUGAUCACAUAAGUAGAAGAGAGGCAAGAACCAUUGCAAAAACAGAAAGGAGAA